GGUUGGCUGGGAGAAGAGGGUGGCCUUUACUGCAGCGUUCUUCACCUUCAUUCGUAAAUACCAAAUUAGCCUCAGUGCGCGAGACUGAUAUCUGCUGCGGUGUGCUGUGAUUUGGUCUGACGGCGAGCUUUGCACUGUUGCACUUGUACCAUGGCAGCUGAGUGUACCAUCUCCACCUCCAUUAACAUUAAAGAGCCACGCUGGGAUCAGGGAACAUUUGUGGGUCGAGCAAAGCAUUUCUUCACUGUCACAGACCCGAGAAACAUCCUCCUGUCCAAUGAACAAUUAGAAAAAGCGCGUCAUAUUAUUCUGGAUUACAAAAAAGGGGUGGUAACACCAGGUCUCACAGAAGACGAGCUAUGGAGGGCCAAGUAUGUUUUCGACUCAGCAUUCCAUCCAGACACUGGCGAGAAAAUGCUCCUGAUUGGUCGCAUGUCUGCUCAGGUCCCCAUGAACAUGACCAUCACUGGAUGCAUGAUGACGUUCUACAGAACGACUCCAGCGGUUCUGUUUUGGCAGUGGAUCAAUCAGUCUUUUAAUGCAAUAGUCAACUACACCAACAGGAGCGGAGAUGCCCCCAUCACAGUAAACCAGCUUGGCACAGCAUAUGUAUCAGCCACUACUGGAGCCGUGGCUACUGCGUUAGGACUUAAUGCAUUAGCAAAGCAUGUGUCUCCGCUCAUAGGACGCUUUGUUCCUUUUGCUGCUGUAGCUGCUGCUAACUGUAUUAAUAUUCCACUCAUGAGACAACGGGAACUCAAACAUGGCAUUCCAGUAACAGAUGAGAACGACAACCGGUUAGGAGAAUCUUCAAAGGCAGCUCAACAGGCCAUCACACAAGUGGUGGUUUCCAGAAUCCUCAUGGCCUCUCCGGGAAUGGCAAUCCCUCCAUUUUUAAUGAACUCUUUGGAAAAGAAGGCCUUCCUCAAGAGGUUUCCGUGGAUGAGUGCACCCAUUCAAGUUGGCUUGGUUGGGUUUUGCCUUGUGUUUGCAACCCCAUUGUGCUGUGCGUUAUUCCCACAAAAGAGUUCAAUGGCAGUGAGCCGUUUGGAAGCCGAGCUGCAGGAGAAGAUUCGAGCCAGUCAUCCUGGAGUAGAGACAGUCUACUUCAACAAAGGACUGUAAAAACAAACGUUGGUGAAUCUGCUCUCUACUGUAAUGGUUUCACGUCCAUCUAAAACAUCUCUUUGUUUGCCAAAGUUCACCCGUUCCUUUCCAGGACGUCCCAACUCAUUUGUCAUUUUGUAAGAUGUUUUUACAGUUUUGACUGUUUUUGCUGAUCUUUGCCAAUCUUUUCGUCUGACGUGUAUGACGGUGCACACUACUCUACAUACAUGUAGCAUUGUUGUUGUUUUUUUCUCAAUAUUUGAAAUAAUUUGGUUUGCUGCCAGAUUAUUCCAUGUGCCAUUCAAUGUCAUUUUCAGUAAGGAUCAAAGAUGGCUGGUGUUGAUCUUGUUUUUCUUUUCCUUGAGUCUGUAUUGCAUUGUUAUUGUCAGUAUUUUGUCUUUAUCUCUUCAUGAGGGUUUGCAGUUUAUGCGUUACUGCCAAAUUACAUUUCAGAUGCAAGCAAAAUCAAGGGACCUCUUAAUGACAACAGUGCAAUCCGUUGAAAACGUUGCCAAAUACAAACCUCUGCUGCGCAUUUCCUUAUACGCAGGUUUAAUAAACCACAGCAUGGGUUUUAAGAAGAGUUUGAUCUAUUUUACUAUCCUCAGUUUUUGAGUUUAACUAGGGUGUUAUACAUGAAUAGUGUGUAUGUUCGUGUAAGUUCUUCUGCCUGCUGACAGUGCAUGAACAAAUUUUGUAAGUGAAAAUAGAGUGAGUUUCAAGUUCAGUGUGUUCUCAUUGACUGUUCCAAAGUCCACUCCUCUGGCAGUUCAAGGUAACACAUUGCUUUUCAAUGCAAACUUAUCAAACCUGCAUCUGUUUUCUGUUUUAUGAAAGGCCAUUUACUUCAGUCUUUUCCAUAUUGCCAUAUUUUGUUACGUUUAAGGUAACACAAGGAUCUCCAUUAAACCUACAGGAAUAAUAUGUAACAGUAUAUAGGUUAAUGACUAAUGGAAGGUAAUGUGUCAUUUUCUUUAUCUUUUAAAGAAAAGACACAAUCCAAUAGUAUUUUUUCUUUUUUUUAAGCUAGUAUGAUUUUUUCCUUUAAUGAAGUGCUACACAGCCUUUUACGUAAAUCCUGUUCUUGUUUGCCAUCUACACUACAUGACCAAAGGACAUGGACAGUUCUUUUGAAUUAACAUGUUUGGCUAUUUCAGUAUUUAAUGCAACUGCAAAAAGACACUCUAUCUAGAAAUUUUUAUUUUAAUAAUCUAAAUUAUUCCAUCAAUUCAUGUCUUGUGAAGUGAAAAGCUGCAUGUUUUUAACUAAACCAUUGCUUCAGGAUGACUUUUUCACUUGAGAAAGCAUUAUUAUGGAUAAAGACUAUUACAAACACACAGAUUUUGGCUUCACAAGACGUAAAUGGAUGUACUGGAGUCAUUUGGAUUACUUGUGCAUUAUUGUGGUGUUUUUAUCAGCUCUCAUUCUGACGGCACCCAUUCACUGCAGAGGUUCCUUUGGUGAGCGAGUGAUAAUGCAAAAGUUUUCCAAAUCUGUUCCAAUGAAGAAACAAACUACAUCUUGAAUGGCCUGAGGAGGAGCAAAUGUUCAUUUUUGGGUGAACUAUUCCUUUAAUUGAACUGCAUACAGUGAUAUUCUAGUAUGUUCAACUUUAUGCUCAAAGUCCAUAAAGAACUGACUUGCCACCUUUUUUGAAACAAGAUGAUUGGCCUACACAAAGCCUCGUCCUUUAGGAUGAACUAGAACAUAGACAGUUCCCAUCACAGCGUCCAUGUUCCAAAAGCCAAGGUUGUCCUAGAAGAGUUUGGAGCAAAUGGAUCAAAUCAAAUAAUGCUUUUAGUUUAAAGUGACAUAUGGUUAUGUGUUUGGAUGCCCAUGUAUUUUUUGCUAUUUUUAUGUAUUUUUAGAUUUAUUGAUGUUCAUCUUUGUUAAUUUUCUGUUUAAUUGAAUAAGUCUCCAUGUGGUGAAGUAUUUAAAUAUGUUUAAUAUGUAACCUAUUCAACAGGUUAGGUGUCUGUUGAGCGCUCUGUUCUUUGUUGUUGAUGUGCCACAUUUGUUCAGUUCAUGAAUGUAGUGUUGGCAGUAAUGAAAUCAAACUGAAAUAUGUAUAUUUCCGUGGAUAGACCGCUGGUUCUGUUGGUUGCCACUCUUUGUUUUUGUUUUAAUUGUGACAAAAGCACAACAGUCCUUGUUCUUCGAGAUUCCCUGAAGGUUUUCAAUAUUAUGUUUCAUGUAUCUUUGUGAAAGAUGAUGGGUCGUGGGAUGUGUUUAUAAUAAUGUGUUUAAUGUGUCCCAAAUACAUCACUAACAUUUGCAGGGCCUGGGACAAAUGUUUGUUGUCCCCCUCAGUGAAGGCUCUUGGUGCUCAGAUCUUUGAUCAUUCCUAUUCCAUUUGAGAUCUGUGAUAGUUAAAGGAUCUUAUAUAAUUGAACUGAAUUCAUAACUGAUGUUUCAAACAUCUGCUGGUUUGUUCAGGGGAAUCACAACAGCAAUGUAGCCACAAGGAUCUUUAGAAAGGAAUUUACAGCACAUCUCUUAUUUGUAAUCAUUAUAAGGUAGACUUUAUUAUUAUUGGCUACAAAGUGUAAUACAGUGUUGUCCUGGACAAGAAAACAGUCCCUUUUGCGUUGAAUACAUCAGCAUAAUACUGUUUGUUUCCUGAUCCCAUAUUAUGUUAUCAAUCAAUAUAGCUCAAGGCAUCUGUAUACUUGGAACAAAAUAGCAAUAUUCUGACUCAAUGGUCUGCUCUUCACAUGAACAAGUCGCUCUGAUUUGUAUAAUGAUUUGUUUACAGUGAAUACGAUGGGUGUAUGAUUUUCAAGAUGAAUAUUUAAAAAAUGUUUCUUCUUUUACAGUGCAGCCUUCUGUUUAGAUUACACUGUACUCUGUGGAUUACCUAAAUGAAAUAAAGAGUAUUAAGCAAUGGA